UCAGAAAAAGGAAAGCCUACCUACCGCAUUGUAUAUUGUUUUUUUUUUCUUUUGCAUCGAGAUUGUAUAUUGUUUCUUCUCUGCUCAGCUAGCCGCUUCCUCUUCACAUCCCUUGUAUUGUAGGAUUGUACUGUAGUACAGUUAUACUUUCCCCCAUUAACCAUCGCAUGAGCUGCUUCUGCCGGAUUUGAUGGAGGCCGCGAUCGCAUGGCUGGCGCAGACCAUCCUUGCAACACUCCUCAUAGACAAGAUGGAGGAGUGGAUUCGGCAAGCCGGGCUUGCCGAUGACAUCGAGAAGCUCAAGUCGGAGAUCAGGAGAAUCAAGAUGGUGAUCUCUGCUGUCAAGGGGAGAGGGAUCCGGAACGAGGCACUGGCUGAAUCUCUCGCCCUUCUGGAGGAUCACCUCUACGACGCCGACGACGUGGUGGACGAGCUCGACUACUAUAGGCUCCAAGUCUCCAACAGCAGGUCCGGGGACCAGGAAGCACUCCCUGGCCGCCUGCAGAUCCAAGCGUGCAUGUUGCAAGGGACGAGCGAGGGAUGCUGCUACACGUAACAGCAGUGUUGGCAAAUUACGGUCCCUGGUAUGGGAACACUUUACGAUCACAGAAAAGGAUAACGGAAAGCCUGUGAAAGCAAAAUGUACAUACUGUACAGAAGAGUUCAAGUGCGAAACAAAGACGAACGGUACAUCAUCUAUGAGGAACCAUUUGGAGAAAGAGCAUUCCGUGAUUUGUACAAAGAGGCCUGGAGCGCAUCCACCAAAUCCUUCAAGCACCAGUGAGCCUAUUGUAAUUGGCAGCUCAUCCAAGGGAAAAGCGAAGAAACAACGGUCCAAGGCAUGGGAGUUUUUCGAUGUCAUAAAAGAAGGCGACGAAAAGCCUAUCAAAGCAAGAUGUAAAUACUGUCUCACAGAGAUCAAGUGCGGAACCGGGAACGGGACAGCAGGUAUACUCAACCAUAACAAGAUUUGUAAGAAGAAACCUCGACUGAAUGAUCAGCCACCAAACCUGUCAAGAAAAAGAAGGCGAGUUGAUGAGGAAUCCGCACAAGUUAUCGCAGCUAACACAAGUAUCCCUUGGGACAAGGCUGAAUUAUCAAACAGAAUACAAAAAAUAAUUGGUCGGUUACAGGAUAUCCGAGGGGAAGUGAGUGAGGUUUUCAAGCUACAUGAAUCAGACUCUGCUUCAAAUUUAGACCACAACCGGAGUACAACCUCAGAUCAGCACCUGAGAACAUCAAGUCUUGUUUCAAGGCAACUGUAUGGGAGAGUUGCAGAAAAGAAAUCCAUCUUGAAGUUGAUGAUGUUAGAUGACACAUCUACUAGCAUAAUUGUACUGCCUAUUGUAGGCAUUGCAGGUGUUGGAAAGACAGCUCUAACUCAACAUGUAUACAAUGAACCAAACGUGGCGAGUCCAUUUCAGCACAGGGUAUGGAUUUGGGUGUCUCGAAACUUUGAUGAAGUGAGGGUAACAAGGGAGAUGUUAAACUUUGUUUCUAGAGAAAGACAUGAAGAAAUAAACUGCUUUGUGAAGCUUCAGGAGAUCUUGAAAAUUCAUGUAAAAUCAAAGAGGGUUUUAAUAAUUUUAGAUGAUGUAUGGGAUGACAUGAACGAUUGCCGAUGGAACCAAUUGUUGGCUCCUUUUAAGUUUAAUAGUGCUAAUGGCAAUGUGAUUCUUGUGACAACAAGAAAACUAUCUGUUGCAAAAAUGGUUGGAACAAUUGAGCCAAUUAAGUUAGGUGCUUUGGAAGAGGACGAUUUCUGGUUAUUGUUUAAAUCAUGUGCACUUGGUGAUAGAGCCUCUGAGAAUCCUGGAAAUCUAUGCACUAUUGGACAACAAAUAGCAGAGAAGUUAAAGGGCAACCCGCUAGCACCAGUAACUGCAGGGGCACUAUUACGAGAUUUUUUUUUGGAAGAUCCAGCGAUGGCCGGCUUGUAUUAAAAUAGCAGGAAGCACAUGGAGAAGAAAUACAUGAAAGGGUGGGUGGUGAUCAAUGGAUCAAGGAUGUAAGAGGAAGAACAAAAAAAAAAGAGGGAUGAGGUAGCUAGUAGACUCUCAUGGUGGUUCCCCAAAAGGGUGCUCUAGAUGUAUUGCGCCUGC